AUGCCUUACGUAGCGAGCAGCAACUUGGGUUACUACUCCGUAGUUUAUUCUCUGACGCUUUUUAUCCUUAUUUGUGUCGGUAAGUUGUCAUUCUCGUUGGUGCGAGAGUUUGCUUCAUAAUUCAAUAUGGCGUCGUUGGGUGUUUUUAUUAUGAGUGUGUUUUAAAAUAUUUGUAGGGUUGUAUUACAAUCUCUCUGGUCUUGGAACAAGAUUUGACAUAGGAUGGUACGUAUUUUGUUCAUUUACAUUUCAUAUUCAUUUUUCUUCUGGUAAACUUUGAUCUCCUACUUAAAAAAUAUUCAAUCACAGAAUAAACAAUUAAGCCUAGUUUAAGAGUGUUUAUGUAAUAUUUUUUAAAAAAAUGAAAAUCAGUUUAAGCAUUUAUACAUACAUAUAUAUUGGAAUUUCCAGGCAUGUCUCAUUAGUGCUUCUGAUUGGUCGUGCCGUGUGGGAAAUUUGAUUCAACCAAUCAGAAGCACUCCCCAGAUCUGGGUAGUGACACAUCAUCAGUAUGGAAUUUCUGUGCUUGUUUCUCAAACAUCAUUUGGGGAGGAAACUGUUGGUAGCAUUGCCAAAUGUCUGCUGUUUUCUCAGGCUAUGAUCACAUCAAAUAGGAAUCAUUAGUUAUAGAGACUUCUGUUGAAUAUCCAAAUAGCUAUUUCACCUGCGUCACAGACAUGAUCUAACCCCAGUUAGUAACAUUGUUGAAGCAGGGCCAAUAUCCUUGUUCAGGGCCCCUAACUGACUCAACAAAAUUACUGGAAAUGUGUUUCACAUUCCCUUCAACCUGAUUGGCAAAUUGACAAUAGCUUUUUUAACAGGCCAAUAAUGGCACAUACUCAAAUCCUGGUACACAGGUGGAGGGAGGGGGAGGCAGAACAAGGAUUUCCUCACUGUUUCGCAGAUGAAUUUCACCAGAAGUUUAGUUCUGUCUGUGGUACAGGCUUAUAACUGUGCUAAAACCCAAAGAACAAGCUGUAAAACUGUCUUUCCUUGCACCCUGGUACAGGCAAUGAAAAAUUAAAGAUGCUCUGUUUCCAUCUUUCAGGUUUUUGGAGAAGACCUCCCCUUUUAUGUGGGGUUCUCUUGGAAUAGGAUUAGCUAUAGCACUGUCUGUAGUUGGAGCUGCGUGGUGGGUUCAAUAACGAUGUUCUUGAUUAUUUUCAGUGCUUUUCAAUAACACACAAAACGCUGAAUUUUAAAAUUUGCCUUGUUGAUUGCAUUUUUUGCUUCCGUCAAUCAAACCCUCAAACAAAAAAACCCACAAAAUGGGUCAAAAUCCACCAAUCACAUAUCACAAACCAUGACCUUUGAAUUCAUUAACAGAAGUAAACUUCCCUUUCUUAAGAGGUCCGCUAAGAUGAUUGACGGUAUCGAAAAAUGCAAACAUUAGUUGGCUUUUGAACUUCAGAAUUCACGUUUGCUUUUUUGGAAAAGUGUGUUAAUGCAGUUUUGCCCACCACUUUUUACUAUUACCAGUAAUAUUUUCCCGAAUACACUGCAGACAAACCAUACACGUUUGUACAUGUUACAGAUCAAAAUUCAAUUCAGGUUAAAAUUUUUUAACCUAGGUUGAUUCUCAUUUUUCCUUUGUCUCCUAGCCCUAAUUAUUCAUGAGUUAGAAUAGGGGGCCACCCGGCACUUCUAGAGCUCAGCCUUGCAUCGUCAAUAAAUUCUGCUUUUGAGUAAAAGAUUCAUGCAGAGAUUGUCCUAGUUUGGGUGCUUAACAUAUGGAGAUCAUUUUCAGGUUAGACUAUUACUGGAUGCAUUAAUUGAUAAAUUGUUUCUCCUCCUUAGGGGAAUAUUCAUCACAGGAUCCAGUAUUUGUGGAGGUGGUGUGAAAGCACCAAGAAUUAAAACCAAAAAUCUAAUCAGGUAACUUGAAUGUGAUAUGAACGCUGUUAUACCGUAAAAUUCCGAAAAUAAGCCCCGGGGCUUAUAUUUUUCAAAGGCCCUUUUUGAGGGGCUUAUUUUUGGAGGGGCUUAUAUUCGGAGGGGCUUAUAUACGGAGGGAAAUUUGCGUUUCAAAAUCGAUUGGGCUAGCCUUAUAGUUGGAAGGAAAUUUACCGUUUUUGCUUUGUUUUACUUUGUAUUGGAGGGCAAUUUUCCAAUAGUACAAGCCCCCGGGGGGCUUAUGUUUGGAGGGGCGAUUUAACGGAGGGUUUUUUGUGUUACCGCUUUGGGGGGCUUAUAUUUGGAGGGGCUUAUACAUGGACGGGCUUAUUUUCAGAAUUUAACGGUAUUUUGUGUCACAAGAAUUAAGAUAUUAAUUCGUGUGUAUUUACCACAAAAUGUACAUGUAUAUUCACGCUGCAUUUUACUACUAAAAUUUGUGGAUAAAAAUGUAAAUGUUAUAGCUAUGCAAAACUAGUAGCUGUUUAUCCCUUGAAAUGAUUACAAUGGAUCUAAUUUCUUCUUUGCUUUUUCAAAUUUGCAGUAUAAUCUUUUGUGAAGCUGUUGCCAUUUACGGCAUUAUCAUGUCUAUUGUUCUCAGUAACUACAUGUCGGUAAGCUAAUGAAAAAUCACCUUUAGAAGUACUUUUUAUUAGCAUUGAAACAAAGGGAGGAAUCUGAUGCAAAAACAAGCCUCGCUUGGUGUCUUUUCUGUCAUCUACAUGUGUUGAGUAGAACCUCCAUAUAACAAAGUCCUUGGUAUAAUGAACGAUUCUCUUUACUCCAGUAGCCGUAAAAUACAUUGAAAAGAAGCUCGAUGUAACAAAACCAUUUUAUAGUGAACAAAUUUUGCCAGUCCCUUGUCCCUUUAAUAUAUCGAGGUUCCGCUGUACCUCUCCCACUACAAGCAUUACAUUUUUUACAAUGUACGUAAAAUGUUAUCAUUAAUUUUUAUUUUAAUCUUCAUAUUUCAAAAGCAACUAAAAUAUCAAGUAUACUAAAUAUGUUGUAGUUAAUUUUUUAUCUCUUUUUUCUUUUUCAGUUUUUGGGUAUGUUUCUCAAUGAAGUUUAAAUUAAAAAAUUAAAAUAUAUAUCAGUGUUAAAAUGGUUGUGUACUUGAUAUGGCAUUCUUUGUUUGUUAAUAUAAGUAUGUAAUUUAUUCAUUUGCUUAUCACAGAAUGUUGAUGUGGAUUCACUUACAAAAAUGAAGGACAUUAGACAGGUCCAUAGUUCAGGUAAAAUAAGGUUUAUUUUAGUCACCACUGAAGCUUUAUAUAAUUGAAAAUAGCUUGCCUUCAACUCUGAAAAAGUUUGAAGUGUCUAUGUAUUAACUGCAUUUCUCCAAACCAUGAAAUGUUCAUGAAAAAAAUGAACAGGGUUUGCAAAUUUUAUUGAUGAGUGGAGUCAGUGUGACUUCUGCUUCACAAAUUUUGGAGUCAUUUUGGAAUAUUUGGAGUCAAGUAUCAGAACGCAAAAAGCCAUUUUCAGACUUUCCAGCAUGUGGUCCUGGCACGUAUACACUAUUGUGGGGGAUACACCUAGUACCUGUGGUGGUCCGCUGACCUGGAAAGCUCAAAUCCAUGAUGCCGGUCACUGAGUAAAGUUUGAGCGUAAUUUACCCUCUUCCUGUUUUGUCGUGCAGUAUAAUUCUUUAAUUUCGAUGAUUUAAUUAAGGUUUACAAUGUUUACAAUAACAUAAAUUGCAUUUGUUGUGAAAAAGGUAAGGACAAAACUGUGUUUGUUACCGAAAAUUUCUGGAGUCAAAGUGGCUCCCUGUUUGUUACCGAAAAUUUCUGGAGUCAAAGUGACCCCUUCCGUAACCUCAGUGGAGUAAACUGAACAAUUUUGGCAUAAAAUACAGCAAAUUUUGCGUAUUUGCGAACCCUGAGUGAAUGAAGUUAACAGGUGAAUAUUUGUUUUGCUACACUAAACUUCUCAUUAUUUGAUUGUCCUCCAAACUGUCUGUGAUUCCUCAUUAAUUUGUCCCUUUCUUGAUGAGAAUACCAGCAAUAACAUUAUUACUUUUUUAGGGUAUAGUGUUCAGCCUGUAUCAAAAAAGCAUUUUGUUUAUUUUGCAUUAAGCAUUAUCAUUUAAAUGGUAAAAAAUAAAUAAUUCAGAAAUGCUCUAGGUUCUUCUCAAGUCCAAAAAAAAUCUCCAUUAGUGUCAACAUAACCUCUUUUUUUAUAGUGUCUUUAUGUUGCAGCCACAUGUAAUAUUACAUUAAAAUAAUUAUCUAUUAAGCAGACACCUGCAGGAACCUCACUAGUAUCUGCUAAAAAAUUGUGUUUCUCCAACUUUGGUAGUUUCUGAACAUUCAGGUCCACUUUUUUACAAUCACUGACCUUCAAGAAUACAACUAUAAUGUACAAUACAUUAUUGGACAAUAUAUUUUGUGUUCCACUGAGAAAAUAAGAAAGCCUUGGUUUCCUUUACUGUGCUUUUUCACUCUGGAGUUCAAAAUCCGCCUUCACAAAUGCAUUUUUUGUUGUCGUCAAUAAUAAUUACGAUGACAAGCAACAAAUCUCAAAACAGAGAAACAGACAAAACGGUUCGAAAUCCACAAUUCACAAACCAUGACCUUUUGAGCCUGUUGAAGUAAACUCUUGUUUCCUAAGAGGUCCACUCAGAUGACUGGCGGCAGCGAAAAAUGUAAAUGUCAGUUGGCUUUUGAACUUCAGAAUUCAUGUGUUUUUGAAAACUGCAGUAAUAUCAAAAUGGUUCACCCUUGACUUGGGUGCUUCAAUUCACGUGGACAAUAAAUAGUAAAUUCACCAAAGGCAAUUCUCUUUUUCCUGGUUGUAUUACUUUGGUGUGGCUCAAUCUAUGUAGUUCACUAGUCUAUCUAUUUUUUUCCAACUGAAUGUAACAGUAGUAUUAUUUUUCAGGUUCGAAGUGUUACUUUUAGCUUAAAAUAACUGAUGCUAGGCGAUGUAUACUUUACCUCAUUAGGAUUUAUGUUGUUUGGAGCUGGUUUGACAGUUGGAUUUUCCAAUCUCUUCUGUGGAGUUUGUGUUGGAAUUGUUGGAAGGUACAGUGAAACCCCAUUAAUGCGACCACUGUUAGGCCAUAAAAUCAUGGUCAUAAUAACGAGAUGGUCAUACUAAAGGGAUCUUCCAGGACUGUCACUAAGAUUUCAAGUUGCCGGGUAAAUACAAAGUAGGUGGGGAAGCAAACAGUUACGGAUUUCUUGUGGUUUCAUUUUUAUUCUCUUUUCCUAUGAAAGAAGCCAGGGGACAUGUCCCCCCCAGCUCUUAAUGACAACCCUAAUCUUCAAAAAAAAUGACCAGUAUUUCUCUUGUGGGUCAAAAAAUUGUGAUCAUGAUAACAAGGUGGUCGUAUUAACAGGGUGGUCGUAAGGCGGGGUUGCACUGUCUUACAGUGUCUUGAUUAUGCUGUGCUCAGAAUGUAAACAAGCUGCAUUGGUUAAUAGUUUUCAGUGUACUUACAGAAGCCUUUAGGGCAUAACAAAAGUGCUGUUUGUAGCAUAAUGAUGGACAUUUUUUGCCAGUAUAUUUUUCUGAGAAAUUGCCUAAGAGGGAUGCGUUACCUGCUGUUUUAGAGAAACUAACAGAGAGAAGCUGGGAAAGCCAAACAUAGCGAUUCUCAGUGCACUAUAUUAAAAGCAUCACCUUAUCAGGGGACUUUAAAAAGAUUAUAGUAUUUUACAGAAAAAAAAUUACAGUAGUAGUUUGUAGGGUCAACUCAGUAGUUAAAUCUUAUAACACAUCACUCUUGACUUGUCUUGAAUCGUGAUUACAUUUUCAUUUGACCUAGUUACAGCUGUGUGUAAUUUUCUUUUCUUGUGAUGUCAGAUGAAUGUCAAUAUCAGUUAGAUAACUCCAUUAAAAAGCUUGUUCUUAUUCUCUUUGAUUUCAGUGGUGCUGCACUUGCAGAUGCUCAGAAUUCAUCCUUAUUUGUUAAGGUAAUCAUUUUUUAGUGUCGUGCACAGUUACUCUGCCAAUGCUCCAACCAGUCAGUUCUCAAAAUUCAUCAUCCUCCUAGGCCAUCAUUAAUUUUGUUACAUUUUACUUUGUCAUACAGUCAAACCUGUAUAUAACGGCCUUGUAUAUAGCGGUUGCCCUGUAUAUUCAGGCACCGGACAACUUCCCAAAAUUUUCAGUUGCCUAAUAUUUUCUGCAAAGUUGACCUGUAUAUAAUGGUCACCUUGCCAUUUGCCAAGGGUGUAUACAGACUGUAUUCAGGUGAACCCCCCUUAAAAGUAAUAUAAUAAUAAAACUGUCAGGCCAAAAUGUGGUCACUGUCGCUUACCAGUGGUGGUCGUUUACUUUCGGAUCUAAUAGGCUUUGAUGGAGAAAGUUUUGAUGUUUUAGGGAGGUGGACGCACAUAGAAGUAUAAUGUUUGUGUCUGUGUGAUGUCUACCAAACCAGUGUAGUCAUAUCAUUGCAAAAGUCUUUCAGUGAGCAAGCUCGCAAAAUCUAUGAAACAUUUUCUCAUAAUGUCAUGUUCAGCCAUAUUCGUGUUCCUAAACAAUGAAACAGCAGCCAUGUUGGUGUUCCAAACGAGUCCUUCUCAUGGGAGGUUAACCUUUUUCCUGUAUAAAAGCUUUCUUUUGUUCCAAUAAAUUUGCAUAGCUAGUGGCCAUUUGAGUGAAAAUGCUCUGUAAUGUCAGGGUAACAGUGCAUUGCUGUUAGCAGAUGUUGACUGCUACUUUGUUAUCUCGUUACAUGAACACCCAUCAUGAAAUAUCAGGUGACCUUUCAUGCAAAGAGAUGUACAUGUACUGCAUCUUCACAUAGAAAAAAUCACUAUUGCUAUGCUAACAUGAUAAAUUGUGCCUUUUACACUAAAAAUAUAUUUAGGUGAAAUUGUUCGGUAUUUUAUUGGUGUUUUCUGUUAAAAAAUUUCACUACCUUGUUGAACUCAUUCACAAAAAUACCGUAAAAUUCCCAAAAUAAGCCCUAACAUGUAUAAGCCCCUCCAAAUAUAAGCCCCCCAAAAUCAUAACGCAAAAAACCCUCUGUUAAAUCGCCCCUCCGAAUAUAAUCCCCCGGGGGGGCUUGUACUUGGAAUUUGCUGUCGAAUACAAAGAAAAACAAAGCAAAAAUGGUAAGUUUCCUCCCCUUUACAAGCUGGCCCAAUCGAUUCUGAAACGCAAAUUUACCUCCGAAUAUAAGCCCCUCCAAAAAUAAUCCCCUCAAAAAGGGCCUUUGAAAAAUAUAAUCCCCGGGGCUUAUUUUCGGAAUUUUACGGUAUUUUUCAACACUCAAAGAGAAAUUUCAUAUCCCUUUGCGGCCAUAUAAUAUCCCCCAUUUAAUAAACAAUGGAUAUUGGACAUUGGCUAAAAGACUUGUUUUGUAUCGGUUGAAGGUUUUGAUCAUUGAGAUCUUUGGUAGUGCCAUUGGGUUAUUUGGCGUCAUCAUAGCCAUCAUACAGGUGUGUAGAAUCCCUUUGUAAGCUGCAUCUUAACACAUGCAAUGAGUCAUAUAUUUGUCGAGAUCAUACAGAUGUACUGUUGUCAAACAGGGUAAAGCUUGAAAAACAAAACAAUCUGGUCCCCUUCCACCCACCCUCAACCAAAACAUGUUUUGUUGUUUCCAAGAGGUACCUGGAGCAGUGGCUCAAAUUUGGUUUUUGGUGGGGUGGGGUGGGGUGGUGAUGGGAAGACUUGCUUCCUCCCUUUUGAACUAGAUAGUGUUUAAAAAAACUUAAGAAAGGUUGAUGAGGACAAAAUGUUGCAACCAAUUCGUUGGCCCAUCGUCGCUUGCAAGUAAACUAUCUGUUCAAGUACGAGGGGUUCGUGCCCGAUGCCCUAUAAGUAUAGAGACCAAUGUUGAGACUGUUAAUUUAUUUUUUCCACAGACCAGUCAUGCUUCAAUGUCCAUUAAAGGAUCAUCUUGAAGAUUCUUCUGUUGUGGAUGAAGGGAGAGCAAAAGAAACAUUAAUAAGCAAAAAAUCAAUUUAUGAUGUAUCCUUGGAUGAUGAAGUUUGAUUCAUCGUGAAAGUUAAACAAAACUCGCAUUGGAUUAUUUUUUAUGUAUUGUUCUGUUCCAGAAAACUGAUAAUCAAUGGUAGUAGUCCAGUUUCGAGUUCGCUAUAACCGCUGAAUUAAAGAAGUGAAGACGCAUUUUUUACAGGCUUAGCCUCCAUCUGAAGUAAUAUAUUCACAAAUUCCUACGAGAAGAAGACCUGUUUAUUACUCUGUCUAUUGUGUAUAUCCAAAUUUUAAACGCUUACUUGCCAGAAUUUUUGAAUAUUUUACUUUAUGUCGAGGCUAGCCCUGUAUGAAUGUGUCGUUAAUGUUUGUAUUCAGCGGUAAUGUUUAAUUCGAAACUGGACUAUUUGCCUCUUUAGACGUGAAAAGGAAACUGGGGCGAUUUGUGGGACUGUUACUUUGGAUAGGGAAAAAAUUGGCCAAUAGUCGACCGCCACGUCCCCAGUAACAAUCCCAGAAACAACCGCGGGACGAAUUUCGGCUCCAGCUCCCCUCUUGUUUCCUAAGUGGCAAUUACUGUAAGGGCUGGUUAUUGAUUUGAAACAAGAGAGAAUGAUCUCUCUUGUUUGAAACAAAACCUGACUUUAGCUUCGGGGUUAAUACUCGGGGGAUGUACGGUAUAUGAGCUGCUAAUCUAGACGGAAUCUAUUCAUGAGUGAAAUUACAUUGUGUUGCCUUUUAUGAGGCGUUGAUUUGGUAAUUGUAAAUGCCCAAGCGCUUUCAUGUAUUUCACGCCUCUGUUUUUCCAGUAAUUACGUCUUCCCUACGUUUUACUAACAGCAAAAGCAAAUGAGCGAGAAACGCCCGUAGUCACUGUUUGGGCGCCGCCUGCUUUAAGUUGAAAUUUGGCGGGUUACGGUGACGUACUCUUCCCAGGACCCCGCAUCCACGACCACCGUAGUAGAGGUCGCCACAGCGAUUACUUUUAGUGACGUAUCUUUAUAUGAAAAAAAAACAUUGACUGGCUAAUCUCCACUUUCAUAAUAACCAGCCCUUGGUGUGUCACUAUUCUGCCCUAAGAUACAUAUAAAUGUCAAAAAUGUGGAAAUGAAAAUGCAGGUAUUAUUUCGUGUUCCUUGUCGGUAAAGGAAAUUUAUUUUUAAUUGUUAUAACACUAAUAGAAAGAUAAUAUUUUUAUUUUUCACCAAAAAGCGUUCAUUCACGUCAGUCUUAAACUUCAGGCUUAAGUUUGAUAGGGGUAGACUUAAGGUAGCAAGAGGCAUUACGACGCGCUAGCCGCGACUAGGCUUCAUAAUUUUCUAGGGCGUAUGCCCUCAGAUACCCUUAGCAGCUCGCGCCUUUAGCCUGUAUACAGCAGCCCCCUAUCCUGAAACAAAAUCACGGAGAGAGACUCUUUCCGAUUUUGUUUGAGGAAAGAGACAGCUGUACACAGGCCUCGCGCUUUGGGCGACUGUACAUCUUGCCUCGUCUGUGUCAAUAGUCUGGCUGCGAUCCUGCGUUUAGUUUUAAAACGUGAGACUCAAGUAAGAAUUAAGGAGAUACCUUUCUUACGAGUGUCUUGUUGAAGGAUAAUUGAGAGUGGUCUCUGAUUAUAAGCUUUAGUUGAUGUUAAAAAUGUCCCUUAUUCUAGCUAAACUUCUGUUUAGUUUCAUGCUCACAGUAUUAUGAUUAUCAGACUCGCAAUUCUCAUGCAAAUCUAGCUUCAUUAUCAGAAUUAUGAAAAUACAAAGACAAAAUGAAAAAACAAACCAUGAUAUGGAAUCCGUAUAGUGAGGCUGUGAACCCAGUGUAAAUUUGAGCGGUUCUGUAACCAGUAAAAUAUUAAAAUGGCGUGAACAUUAUUGUUGGAAGCAAUAUUGAUUCAAUGAUGUUGCCAUGGUAGUGCGAUGAUCCAAAUAAAAAC